UCUCCCUGUCCUCACGCCUGAGCGACGCGUGCCAGGGCUCACCUGUCCGCACAGGCGCCAGGCGAAGUUUCGGGAUCUCUCCCUCACCUCCCUCAUAAAUCGGGGACCUGUUGACCCUUCCCCUACCGGGCUCUGUUGGAAGGCUCCACGGGCAGCGGAGGAUCCCGCUCCGAGGGGCUCUGCGAAGCCCCCUGCCCGCGGGCCUCACGCCUCAGCGCAGCCUCGGGGCCCUGGAGGGAGCUGCGACCGCGCCGAGCGCCCGGCCUGUAGGGGUCGGAACGCGCUGUGCCUCCCGCCCCAAACGGGAUCCCAGGCCGUAGUUCUACUGAUAUGUGGGGGCUGGAGGACAUGAAAGAGGAUUCCGGAGAAUGCGUUGCUGAACUAAGGGAAUGGAGACCGGUCGUUUAUAGAAACUGCACGGACCCUCUGUGGCUGCUCCUUUUCUUCCUUUUCUGGGCUGGUUCGAUGUUUAUAACUGGCUAUGCUGUGAUGGCUGGUGCGGCAGAAAGACUUGUGCUUGGAUAUGACAGCUUUGGGAACAUAUGUGGUAGGAAGAACACUCCUGUAAAAGGGGCACCCCUUUCUGGACAGGACAUGACUAAUAAAAAGUAUGUGUUCUUUCUGAAUUCAUGCAGCCUGGAAAUGCAAAGCCCCAAAAUCAGUUCAGUUUCCUUGUGCGUGUCUAGUUGUCCACAAGAGCAGCUCAACUCUUUGGAAGACCUCCAGAGUUUUGCAAGGAACAAUGGUUCUUGUCUUUGUGUUUACAACCUGAACGUUUCCAGCUACACACUAAAUCCAAAGGCAGCUGAGUUGUGUCCCACACUACCAGUUCCACCAAGUAAAUCUUUUCCAUUAUUUAAUCGGUGUGUUCCACAACAUCCUGAAUGCUAUUCCAAAUAUGCAUCUGUCUUAAUAAGUAUGGUUAAUGAAAUGGAUGUUUUUCACCGAAUUCUGAGUGGAAUAUUGGCAGGAAGAGAUACUGUGAUAGGACUGAGUGUCCUUGCACUAGCUUUCUGUUUUAUAGUGGUUUUAACCUUCAGAUUCAUUCGGACACUUCUGGUCCAUACUUUGAUUGCGCUGGUUGUAUUUGGGUUGUUAUUUGUCUCAGGUGUCCUCUGGUGGCUCUACUAUGACUACAGAAAUGAUCCCAGCACUGAACUGGAAACAGAAAAGGAGAACGUAAAAUUUCUACUUGGAUACGCUAUCUUCUCUACAAUAAUUACAAUUGUUCUGCUUUCCCUUAUACUUGUGCUAAGAAAGAAGCUUCAGUUCACUGUACAACUCUUUCAGAUUGUCGGUAAAAUAAUAAGCAGAAUCCCUUUCCUCCUUUUCCAACCACUUUGGACCUUUCUGAUUCUGAUUGUCUUCUGGAUAUUCUGGGUUGCUGUACUACUAAGCUUAGGAACUGCAGGUACUGCACAGACCACUUCAGAAGGACAAGUAGAAUACAGAGCUCUGUCUGGAAUUUGCCACAUGGCAUGGUACCAUUUUGUUGGCCUUAUCUGGACUAGUGAAUUCAUUCUUGCCUGUCAGCAAAUGACAAUUGCUGGGGCAGUGGUUACUUGCUACUUCAACAGAAACAAAAAUAGUCCACCACGUCACCCAGUCCUGUCUUCCAUUUCAAUCCUUUUCUGCUAUCAUCUAGGAACUGUUGUAAAAGGCUCAUUUUUAAUUACUAUACUGAGAAUACCAAGGAUUGUUCUCUUGUACCUUUAUAAUAUCCUAAAACAAAAGGAGAGUGCAUGUGCAAAGUGCCUGUUGAAAUACUGUUCCUGCUGGCUGUGGUGCCAGGAAGGUUGCUUAAGUUACUUUAACCAGCAUGUGUACACAACUACUGCCAUAAAUGGGACAAAUUUUUGUACAUCCGCAAAGGAUGCUGUCUUUAUUUUGGCAAAGAGUUCUGCUGAAUUUGCAUCCAUUAGUUGUUUUGGAGAUUUUAUCAUAUUUCUAGGAAAGGUGUUUGUUGUAUGUUUUACUGUUUUUGGAGGAUUGAUGGCAUUUAACUACCAUCGGGAGUUGCAAGCUUGGGUAGUUCCUCUGUUGCUGGUUGGAUUUUUUGCCUACCUGAUGUCCCACAGCUUCCUGUCUGUGUUUGAAGUGACGCUAGAUGCCAUGUUCCUUUGCUUUGCUAUUGAUAUGGAAACAAAUGAUGGAUCUGCAGAGAAGCCAUACUUCGUAGAUCAGGAACUGCUGAUGUUUGUGAAUCAAAGUAACAACUUAACACAAGGGCAUAAACACAGAACCAUGAGAUGUGACAACGAAGAUGGGACAGAGCUCCAACCUAUGACUUGAAUGUGAAGUACACCAGGAAGUAUGAAGGCAAACCAGCAAUAGCAAAAACAGUUGCAGAAAAAAAGUAAAGGUUACCAAUAACCCAGGACAAAGUAACUAUUAGUUCUGUAAAUCUCUGUUAAAUCUGUUGUACCGUCUGCACUGGUAAAAUGACCAUCUAUUUGUAUGAAUAAUGUGUUUCAUGUCAGCAUAUCUUAUUUUUAUUAAUAGACUUGUUAUGAUAGUCUAUGAAAGUUGUUAAUAAACAAAUUCCUUAUAA